CUCACUAAAACAAUAUUAGAAAAUAGCUCCCUAAAAAAAAAAAAUCCCCCUGAACCUCCUCUUCUGCAGAAGCAGCGGCGCUACCCGCACCCCCCGUUCAGCACCUUCCAGUUGGAGGAGCUGGAGCGCGCCUUCCGCAAGUCGCACUACCCCGACGUGUUCACCAGAGAGGAGCUGGCCCUGCGCCUGGACCUGACGGAAGCCCGGGUGCAGGUCUGGUUCCAAAACAGAAGGGCAAAGUGGAGAAAACGUGAAAAAAAUGAAAUUCUGGGGACUGUUCCAGGAAUCUCCUUAACACACCCACUUGGUCUAUUUUUGGAUGUUCCACUGAGUCAUUCUCCCCUCCUAGAUCCCACGUGGAGGUCAAUGCCUCUUUCUACAUUGGCUGUGCCAUCCAUGUCUCCAGCUUUUAGUCCUUCAACCUUAGGGCCAUUUGGCCUCAACAGCCUUACCUGGACUUCUCUCUUCAGAAAUCCUAUUUUAAAUCCACAUUUUGGAAGGUUUCUCAAUGCUUUAAAUCCUCUCGUGACAACAGCUUCAGUGCUAAUGAAAGCUCCUGGACCCCCGUCAGACCCUGCUCUUACUGCCUUCACUGAUCCAGCAGCAGUUGAAAGGAAAACGUCAAGCAUUGCAGCACUAAGACUCAAAGCGAAAGAACAUUCAGCACAAAUCCCUCAAUUAAACCUCAUCUCCAGUCUUACAAACACUAACAAAGAACUUUGUUAGGAGCUCUCCCACAGACUACAGCCACGGAGGGGGAAGUGAAUGCCUUCUCCAAUAAGUAGCUCUCGUUAGAGAGACACGUUUAAAAAAAAAAGAAAACACACACACACGCAGAGCUGUAGUUCCUGUAUCUUCAGUAACGGACUGAAAGGAAUAACCCUGCUAAAGAUGGGUUUCCUUCAUUACAACAUUAAAUCAGGUAGUAAGUUGGCUUGUAUA